GGGGAAUGCUAAGAGGAGCGACAGACCGGGUCGGAUCAGAUGGGAUGGAUCCGGCGGCGGGAGUCCCCUGGUCACUUUGGAGCUCGACAGGAGGGUUAUAAAAGGAUCCUGACUCUUCUGGGGAGCUGUCGCCGUUCCACGAUGAACCCCUCCUUGAAGCUCUCAACCUCGACACAUCGACAUUUCCCUUCUCAAUCACCAGCUCCUCGAGUCAUAAAGGAGAACUGUGAGCGGAGCUGGAGUGCUGUGUUCCGGGUUUUCUCCCGCUCCGUAUAGUCACUUUCUCACUCCCCAAGAGUCAAUUACCCACCUGAAACCCGCCUGGGGAACAAGACCAUGUCGGACAGCAACGACGAGGAGAAGACGGCUAACACCGAAGAGGAGCAGCGGGAGCAUCAGAAAAUCCCUUCUAUCGAAGAGGAGGCCGUUCGGAAUGUCGUUCACAUCAAGCUGGGUUGGAGAUCAUGGCUGGUUGUCGCCGUUUGUGCCUUUGCCAACAUGGGUCAGAUUUUCGUAGUCGCCGGUGCAGGCUCCGUCAUUGCAUUCAUCGUCCGAGAUCUCGGCGGCAGUCCGCUCUCCGGCUGGAUUAUCCAGGGUCCCCUCCUUAUGCAAAGUGUGCUGUCUCCGGUCUUGGGCCGCUUGUCGGACGUGCUCGAUCGCAAGUACGUCGCGACGAUCCCCCCGCUCAUCGCCUUAGUAGGCGCCGUCAUCUCAGCCCGCGCCGCCUCCAUGUCAGACCUCGCCGGCGGCAGCAUCCUCAUCGGCGCGACGCUCUGCACUGUUUCCGUCAUCCACGCGAUCCCCUCCGAGAUCUUGCCCCUCAAGUACCGUGCCCUCGCGAACGGUAUCCUGGGCGUGGCUGCAUCUUGCUCCGGACUAAUGGCCUAUCUCAGCACCGGCGCUCUGACGGCCCUCGCUCCCGACGGCUGGCGUAACAUAUUCUGGAUGCAGGCGGGAUUCCACGGCCUCACUACCGUCGGACUCUUCCUCUUCUACUGGCCCCCGAAGAACACCUUAUACACGCACAUGAAGCUCAAGGAUUACUUCUGGGCCUGCGACCCUAUCGGGUCCUUCUUUUUCAUAAGCAGUACAACGCUUAUUCUUCUGGCUCUUAACUGGGCCGGCGGUGCUUACCACUGGUCUGACCCGCACGUCGCAGCCCCCCUCAGCGUAGGACUUGCGAUGCUCGUCUGCUUUGGCGUCUACGAGUGGAAGGGCCGUAGCGAUGGUCUUAUCGCCCACAUUUUCUUUAAGCAAAACGCCAACUUUGCCUAUUCCACAUUCGCCUUCGUGGUCGAGGGCUGGGUCUUUUAUAGUGCUGUCAACUCCGUCAUCCCCCAGAUCGUGCUGCACCUGGACUUCGCUCCCGAUUCCUUUAAGAUCGCCGUCCGCCAGCUCAGCUUCCACCUGCCCUUCAUGGCCACGGUUGUGUUGGUUACCUGGUACGCGACUCACUUUAAAGAUCUUCAAACGCCCCUAAUGGUAACAUUCACCUCUUUCUUCGCUGUAUGUAUCUGCUACACUCUCAUUAAGCCAUCCUGGGAACGUAUCCAACUCGUGAUCAACGUCUUCGCCGGUAUCGGCCAAGGAGGUCCUUUGGCUCUCCUCCCGGUGGCCGUCCAGCUUACGGCGCCGCACGCAUACCUAUCUACAGCGACCGGUCUCUCCUACUCCGCGCGUGCCAUCGGCGGUGCUUUCGGCUCCGCGGCGCUUAACGCCAUCAUCAAUGGACGUCUCACGGGCCACUACGCGGCGAACGUCGGCGGUGCUGCCCUCGCAGCCGGCCUGCCGCUGAGCAGCGUUGACGCGAUCGCCAAAGCUGCCGACGACGGUCAGUUAUACAAGACCACCAUCCCCGGAGCGACUGCCGAGAUCCUGGCCGCCGCGAAUGAGGCGAGCAAGGAGGAGUAUGCGCAGGCAUACCGACUGGCCUGGGUCAGCGUCAUCCCCUUCGUCGUCCUCGCCAUCGUCGCCGUCUGGCUCCUCAAGAGCGUGAAGAACAUUAUGACGGACAAGGUCGAGGCCACCGUCGAGCGCGUUCGGUCCGACGAGGCCAAGAAGGCAGAGGAGGCCUCCUAAAUGGCAGAGGUGAUGAAUGGCUUUUACGGUAGAUACGAAGGAAACCUAGGGAGGCAGACAGUUGCGAAUCACUCGGCCUUUGGGUUACGAUGGAAAAAGCACGGUUAUUUCGUUAGACGCUUCGGCUUCGGUUUCGUUAAUUAUAGACACUAGACAACCGCGUCAACCAGCGCGACCCGUGCCGGACC